GCGCGACGACAAUCAGCAACGCUAACUAUAACUAGCAAAUAUUUUUGAAAUAGCUAAAUGUAAUUUGCGAACGACAAAGUUACACUUUGUAACGUUAUUAGUCUAUGUGACUUAGUCUGUCGUGUUAAUUGUUGAAACGCUAAAUUUGCUGCCUUCUAUGGUAGAUAGCUACCUCCUUGCUAACUUUAGCUUCCUAAGCUAUUGUUGUUGAGUGGGAUAGCAAGCUAGCUAAGUUAGCUGGCUAUCCAAGUGGAGUCAGCCCAAAAUGACUUCCGCCUCUACAAAGGUGGGAGAGAUCUUCUCAGCCGCAGGAGCUGCCUUCACCAAGCUGGGUGAGCUUACCAUGCAGCUGCAUCCAGUAGCUGACUCUAGCCCUGCAGGAGCCAAAUGGACAGAGACAGAGAUCGAGAUGCUGCGUUCAGCUGUGCGGCGCUUCGGUGAUGAUCUGAACAGCAUCAGCUCUGUGAUUAAGGAGCGCACUGUAGCCCAGAUAAAGACAACAGUGAAGAGGAAACUGUAUGAGGACAGCAGGAUGCCCCUCUCCUCCGACUCCCCCAAAAAGACCACCAAGAAGACCACGGUCACCAUUGCAGCUGCACCAGCACCCGUGGCUCCCACAGUCAUCGCUGUGCCCACCUCACAGGUUGUCUUGACAACAGGGCUUCAGAGCCCCUCCCCUAUGCCCCCAGCCAUCAAGAAACAGAAAACAGCAGAUGUGACGCUCAGUGCUCUGAAUGACUUGGAUGUUAACAGUGACCUGGUGGACAUUGAGGGACUGGGAGAUGGAUCCAACACCAAGAAGCUCAACUUUGAUCAAGAGAGCCUCAACCUGGACUCCAGCCUCAUUAUGAACUCCAGUGACUUGCCCCUCCUGUCUCGCUGACCUCUAGCCCCACUGUACCCGUGGGUUGGAAACACUGGGUCCCUCUAUCACCAGAAAGCAGAUUACAGUUAGUAUCCUUGUUAUAGAGCUUUUUUGGACAGAUUUUAGCAGAUGCAUUUUAAUAUUUUUAUGAACAGCCCCGCCUCCCAAUCAAGUGCUUCCCUAUUCAGUCUGGGGCAUUUCUACAGAGGAACCCUUCCAUUUCACUCUGUGAAGAAAACCUAGUUUUUGUGUGUUUUGUAGCUUUUUUUAUUGUAAAAUGUUAUCAUUUAUUUGCACUGCUAAUUUUACAAGUACUGUAUUGUGGCUGAACAUGAAUGUCCAUAAUCUCCAGAGAAGUGAGGUGUUGCAGUGCAGGGGUGCGUUCAGUUUGAUUAUACGUUUGCUACGUUGCAGAACGGGUUGUACUGAACGACACGUUUCCCAAACACGUUCUUGAACAGACUGAGGUGAGUUUGGUGGGUGUGGCUUGAAGCAAUGAGUGAGUAUUUAAAGGGCAGCAGAGUGUUCCACAACCCAACCCCUCCCCGUUUUUUCAACUGGUUGUUCAGAACAGCACAGUUUCUGUUGAAUUGAGCGUUGCAGUAAGUAUUUUCUUGUACUGAAUGCAGCCGUCGGGCAUAUUCAUUAGGCCAAUUGUUGCAAUUUUUUAUUUUAUUUUUUUAAGCAAGCAAACAAAAUGAAACGGGAGGGACCUACCGGAAUCAGUCCAAUAGAAACUCUUAUUUUGCUCUGUUUACUUCCGUUUGGUUCUUAAAUGGUAAACGGUUUCCGUAAUGAAUACGCUCCUCAUGUCCAUCAUGUAAUGGAGUGAGUGUACAUGUUGUGUACCACGGGUUGAUAUAUUUAUAAAGACAAGAUAUACGCUAGCCAAGUAUUAUUUAAUUUUGUUCAAACAAUGGUUGUGCAUGACAUGAUUCCUUUUUAUGUUGUUGUUUAGUAAAAUGUUAAUCUAUUUUU